UAGUGAGAGAUAGGGGGUCUGGAGAGAAGAGUGGCGGUGACGCUCGAUUCGGGAGAGAGAGACGUGCCUCCGGCGACCGGUUCUUCCGGCAAUUGGCCGAGCUCCGUUGCGUGGUAGGCCUCAACCCACUAAUCUGAGACUAAGGAAUCUCGUGAUGGUGACGGAUCUCCGGCGGUGUAGAUUGUCGGAGUUAAGGAGACGAGCCUUACAGAGGAGGGCGGCUGAGGCGAAACUUUCGAGUAAGGAAGAGGAGCAGUUGUUGAGGAAUUUGGAGAAGAAAGAGACGGAGUAUAUGAGGUUGCAAAGGCAUAAGAUUGGGAUUGAUGAUUUUGAGCUUUUGACAUUGAUUGGUAAAGGUGCUUUUGGAGAGAUCUUUCUAGAGACAGGGGGCUUUGUUCAUCAAAAUCAAGAAGGUCUCAGUACAAGAAUUUUAAAGAGGAUAUUUUUGAAGAAUCCAGUAAGUUUUAGUAAAAGAUCUUAAUUCUACAUGGUGUUAUUUGAAUUCUAAAACUCAGCGAUAAAUAAGUACAUAACUAAUCAUAAGGAUUGGCCAUAGAAGUUGCAGUUG